AAGAGAUAAGGAACCGGUGUUCCUUAUGAACACAUCUAUAGAUAAUUCAGUCAACGUGGAUCCAGUGUGUGAUUCACUCCGCGAGGUGACAUUCAUCUCUCCACAUUCUUUGAAGGAAACGGAACAAAUUUCUAGCUCACAUGAUCUAGAGAACACUAGAAGUACACCCAGCUCUCCAAUUGGGAAGCUAACACUGGAGCAGAUUCAUGAAUCGCUUUCCACGUUCAACCACAAUCCAGAGGGGCUCCUUGUGUACACGAAAAUAUCUUUGUGUAGUCUUGGUCUUUGCAAUAUUGAUUUGCUAGAGACAUAUGUGUUUUUGCAGCAUAUUACCUUGGACCAUAAUUCUCUCAUUACUCUCCAACCUUUAAGAGCAUUGCAAAAUCUUGUUUUUGUUUCUGCAAAAUCAAAUCAACUGAGUGAGUCUGUGUUUGAAGAUCUCGAAGGUAAUGCGCGGACGCUGGAAACACUUUACCUUGAAGACAAUAUGUUAAAGUCACUGGAGGGUCUCCAACAUUUCAAAUACCUAUCAAACCUUUGUAUCUCACAAAAUCGCAUUUCAAGCUUGCGGCUUGCACACUUUUCAUCACUCUCCAGUUUGUUGCGUCUAGAUGUUUCCUCAAAUCAAAUCGACACUGUCGAGAUCAGCGUGUUUUCAGGAAGUCAACAACUUCGCUACGUCGAUUUAUCACGUAAUAGUAUACGGCACCUGCAUUUUGUGGCCCAUGUGACCACUAAUCUUGAAACUCUGAUCUUUGCGCAUAACAUGUUGCGCCACCUACCCCUUACACUAGUGCAAUGCCAUGCUAUCGUCAGACUAGACUUAUCUCAUAAUUAUUUAGAGAACGUCGAGGAUUUUGUGGUAUUGUCCUCACUGGGGCUUUUGCGCCAUUUAUCCGUUCAAGACAACCCUUUCUUACACCCAAUGCAACCUUUCCCCAACAAGCAACCUAGCUUAGAUGACAAUAUUAGGGAUGAUAACAACGUUAUUGAUACCGGAGGAGUUGCGAAUGACCGUGCAGACGACACUGGGGCGCUCAAACAACUUUUGAGCCACUCAGAGAUCACCUAUGAAGACGACGCCAAUCCUACCAAUGAUGAUCACCAUAAAUUACUCAAUCCAUUUACGACGGAUACCCUUACCGUUGGGAGAGGUGUCAAUGAGGCAUCUAAAAAGACGAUGCCUACUUAUAACUUCGCUGAUAUGACUGCAUCUUACGUUUAUGGCUUGGUGCGUCAUACCCUCGUCUCGUGUCGGGUUACGCCGACCCUUUGCGAAAUUGAUCCGACCAGCAAGUUAGCCACACUUCCUUAUGAUCGGCAAGUUAACUUGUACCUGAUUUCGAUUCUCCCUCAGUUAGCGACGCUUGAUCAAAAAGUCAUCACUGAUGAUGAUGUAUCACGUGCCACAAUUUACUUUAAAACGAUAACUUAUGCUGAUCCUCACAAAGAGAGUUUAGAUGGUAGAAAUAUUUCAAAAGAGAUAGCAAGUUAGCGCAUAUUGUUCGUCUUUUACAUUGAAGAGGAUGAGACCACAUGGAAAUAAAUGUACAUACGGUUGUUGUUUUUUGUGUUUAUUUAAAUUGAUACAGAUAAAAAAGUUCAUCAACGCCCCAAAAGAAUAUAUACUAGAAAAAAUACAAAAAACAAACA